GGUCCAGCACGCUCAGUCCGGCGGUGAUAGUCCUGACGUGAUGGCAGCGGGCAGGUCCGUGCGGAGUUGUAUCCACCCUUUGCUCCGACGGCUUCGCAGCGACAGAGGUUUAUACUUUGCCUUCAGCACUGCUGCACAGCAGAGGAGCACAGGAGAUGACUGUGGUCCAGAAGAUCCUCGUGAUGAACCUAAACAUCUCCUAGAUGAUAAUACUUCGGAGCACAAAACCGUCAAAUUGGAAGAACAAGUCCAUGCCUUAACAGAACGAUACCAAAAAGCGCUGGCAGAUUCUGAAAAUGUCAGGCGGAGGACACAGAAGUUUGUAGAAGACGCUAAACUGUUUGGGAUCCAGAGUUUUUGUAAAGAUCUUGUAGAGGUAGCAGAUAUCCUGGAGAAAACCACUGAGAGCACCAUAGAAGGAGAAUACAAUGACCCAGAUUCAGCGCUGAAGAAGAUUUGUGAAGGCCUUCGUCUUGUAGAGUCCAGGCUACAAAGCAUAUUCACUAAACAUGGCCUGCAAAAAAUGAACCCCAUUGGUGGCAAAUAUGACCCGUAUGAUCAUGAAAUAGUUUGUCAUGUGCCAGCAGAGGGAAGGAAACCGGGCACUGUGGCAUUAGUGACUCUGAAUGGCUAUAAACUCCAUGGUCGCACUGUCAGACAUGCACAAGUUGGUGUGGCAGUAGAAUCGCAAGAAUGAAGUCAGCAUGCCCAUUAGAAUGCAAGACUGUAAUGAACUGAAUUCUCUGUCCAUAUGACUAUUGCUGCUAUGGUAUCUCUUUAUUAUUUAUUAAGCCACAUUUGUGUUACAUGUGGGCUUCUCAGGAUGUGUGCAGUUGUUGGACCUUGACUACCAAGAUGUACAGUUAUUUAAUGGUAUUUUUUCCCCUGUAUCAUAAAUACCUUCCAGUUGUUUCUCAGAGGUAAGUUGUUUGGUGAGCUUUACUGUUUUAUUUAUUUGGAACAUUUCUAGGCUGGUUUUCCUUUCAUAGAACGCCCAGGGCAGCUUACAAGUAAAUAUAUAAAAUACAGUCGCCUAUUAAAAAUCCACCUUCCACCGUCAGGUCUUCGUUAUAUUCUGCAUUGGGUUGGAAGGGAAGACAGAUGUCUAGAAUUCCAAUAGCUGAUAUUUAAGCUUAGAAUUGUUAUGUUUAAACGAUUUCUACUUUUUCUGAAGCUGCUUUAACCUCUGCUUUCCUGCAUGUAAACUGGGAAUAGGAUAUCCACCUACCUCACAGAAAUGCUAUGACUUAACAGUUGCAAAGGGUUCUGAGGAAUCAAAUCUGAGUGCUUUGAUGGGAUUUAUGGUAUCCUGCAGAAGACUUCCUCUGCAUUUCAAAAACUGUUUGAGUGACUGGAGGCCUUUCUCACUUGACCUGGUUGUUCCAACCUAUGAAAUUUUGAAGUGUGGAUAAGUUCAUUGCCUGCAUAAUUAAAAGUUGAAGGACCAGAUUUUGGGGGUGCUGAGGGGAGGGGUUCAACAUUUAGUAGAUUGUAUGUUUUAGAGUAGACUUCCCUAGGCGCAAUCCCUGGCAACCUUCAGAAAAAGGAUUUUGGGUUAUUGUGCUGAUAUGUUAGCCAUUACCUGUCCAAACAAACUGUGCUGAGCUGGUUGGACUGAUGGUUUUACUCUGUAUACAGAAGAUUCCUUGGGGUCAUUUAAAGGUCCAAGACCCAAAGUCUUCCUCAGUAAAUAGUUUACUACAGUUUUCAAGCACAAUUUGAUUUGGCAGUGCUGGAAGAAGAAACCUUGAACUGCAAAUAGGAAGUGUUUUGUUUUAUUUUAUCCCAAAAUGCAAAUACUAUUAUGAAAA